UUAGGUGCUAAAAACGUUGACUGGCCCACAAUUCUUGUUUCUCAACCAAUUCCUCUCCAGUUGAUCAUCAGGUGUUCUCGAGUCCGAUAGCUAACCCAGUAGUCUGAUAGUGAUACUGCGAACUACCCUCUGGUGUCAGGUGUAGCUAUGCGCAGCCUACAGCUAGGCAGUAUCAUGGCAUACCUACUACUGUAUCUGGCUCCAUUGCUGCUGCUGCUGGUGAUGACGGUGAACUGUGGACAGGCUAUGGCCUCACCAACACCAGUGGUGCCGGACGAUGGCGAUUCACCAGCUGCGGUGGUCACUGAAGACACCAACUGCAUGACGGAAUGGCUACUGAUUGCCAACUCCAGUCGCGCAAGAGCUCUCACCAUUCCCAACACACCAGCGUCCAUUCAAGCAAUGUUAGAUGAGAAGGUUGUCAAGCACCAAGAGCAAUUCUUCUUAAGUCUGCUCUUGGGAUACGCUCCGCAGCUUGCAGCAGACCUCAAACACUGCAUCCAUCGAACGCCAGAGUGCCCCACAGCUGACUUAACAAGGCGUCUACCUUGCUCAGUCUCUGGAGAAUGUGUGUUCAACACUACACAGCAAUCUGCUGUUUGUGUUUGUCCAGCUGGACUGACUGGAAGGAGGUGUGAUGCAGACAUAGAUGAGUGUAGUCGACCAGACUUGAACAACUGUGACCAACCAGCUGUAGCAUUUUGCAUCAACAGUUAUGGAUCAUUUGGGUGUGAGUGCAACACGGGAUUCAAAGGCGAUGGACGCUUGUGUAAUGACCUAGAUGAAUGUACAGAUGGUGUACAUGAGUGUAAUGAACAUGCAAUGUGUAAUAACACUGUAGGAUCAUACUCUUGUUACUGUCAAUCUGGAUACAAGGGAGAUGGUACUAACUGCCAAGUUGAUCUGUGCGGAUCAUCUGCAAACAGCGAGCUUUGCUACCAAAUUGAAGAGGUUAAAACCUACAACAAGCAGCUGGAAGAGAAACUGGAAGAAAGGGAUCUCCAAAUCAAUAAACUACUCUCCGACAUGAAAGUACUGACAACCAUAUUUGUCCAGCAGAAGACGAAGGUGGAUCAAAUGGAAAUUCAGACCAAGCAACACUUCAGGACCAUCCAGCAACAUUCUACUAAGCAGUUUGAAUCAAUGAAUGCCACUCUCCAGGAAGAAGGGCGAAAGAACACGGUUAAACUCCUAUCCAUUAAGGAGGACAUGACGUCAUUGAACUUAUCUCAGCAAGCACAGGAGAAGAAGACCAAGCAACACUUCAGGGCCAUCCAGCAACAUUCUGCUAAGGAGUUUGAUUCAAUCAACACCACUCUGCAGGAAGAAGGGCAAAGGACAAAGCAACACCUCAUGAACAUGCAGCUGCAUUCUGCUCAACAGUUUGCUGCAAUCAAUGCCACUUUGACGGAGGAAGGACAGAAGACGAAGCAACAUUUCAAGUCAAUGAAGCAACAUUUUGUUGAGCAGCAUUCAACAAUCAGUGCUACUCUGCAGGAGGAAAGAAAGAAGUGCGGUAUUGUAUCAUGGAAGACAUUUACAAUGGAGACAUCUAAUAGCCAUCGAAACCCGUUCAGUGGAGUCGUGUUCAACAAGACUAGACCUGACACUGUUAUCAGAGUGGUGUACACAACCUCUAUUGGAUUUCAGCAUGGGAACAAUGCAUGGCAUUGUGUGAAGGUGUCAGUGCGUAUUAACGGCAGUGACUGUUCAGACCCAGCCCCGAUCAGAAGUGGAACCUCUAGUACUUCACCUUACUAUCAAAUACAUGCUGGUGUUGUGAGUGGUAUUUGUAAUAUUCACACUUCAGGUCCACUGUCCUUCUCUACACACAUACAGGCACAAUGCAGUACAAACACAGAUUACCUGGGUUACUACUAUGGUACAGGUAGCAUCACAUCCACUCUGCAUAUCGAAGAACUUUGCAAUAAUCAACAGAACUAGAAGUCUGCCUCCCAAUUCCUCUGCCCCCCCCCCUCCCUCUCUACUCUCUCUCUCCCCCCCCCCUUUCCAUCUCUGUAACAAUCUAGUAGUGUUUACUGUUGACUGGUAGUCUUCCUGAGGCAGGCAACACGGCGUUAGAAUAUACAAGUUGUUUCCCGUUUCUCUACAUUGUAUUCUGUCUAUUGACCUUUUUAUCUAUCCACUUUAUCUACUUUGAAAUAUCCAUUUUAUCUAAUCACUCAAUCUAUCCCUUGUAUCUAUCCAUUCUAUCUAUCUGCAUGUACCCAUGUAUGUAUGCAUGUACCUAUGUAUGUAUGUUGUACCUAUGUAUGUAUGUUGUUCUACAUCUCAAAACUACCACAAUUCGUUUUCAAGUGCACCUCUGUUCCCAGUAUGCAAUGCUUUCCUUCUAAUGCACAAGAUUGACUCUACUUUUGUGGGACACGCGGUUGUUACAACAGCGUAGAAUACACUUGCUCUGUAGUCAAUGCAGAAACGUUUUCAAUGCUUCACUACCCCACUUCUAUUAUAAUUAAAAAACGUCUUCCAUUUUGUGCUCAUGACGGCAUCAUCGGCUGUUCGGCAUUUCUUUGUCCUAUUCUAUUAGUAAUUUGCGGUUUCAGGAAGAACGGUUUACAAAGUAGGAUUUACAUUGUGUGAAAUUCCAGUCCGAAAUCAAAGGAAAUG